AUGCUUCCAACGACAGAGGUUGAAGCUAGGCAUGGAAUUCCAGGAUGUACAUAUAGUAUACACAGAAGUUCGAUUGAUGAAUUGGAUGCUGGCAAACCUGCUGGUGCAGUUAUACAAUUCGCUCGAGUAGGGGAUAAAGUACUCCAUCAAUGGUAUUGUUCUACUAACGAAAUGUUUGGAAUAUUAAUUAAUAAUUGUUUUGUGACUGAUGGGGUUAAACAGAGAGUUCAAGUAAUUGAUGCUCAGGGCUGUCCACUUGAUCCAAUUUUAAUAACGGGUACUCGUUAUUCCGCUGAUCUUCAAAGAGCGUAUGCUGAAUCUCAAGUUUUUAAAUUUGCUGAUCGGCCAGGAAUUUGGUUCUUUUGCCAAAUACAGAUGUGCAUGAAAAAAGACGGAAUGUGUGAUGGAAUUACUCCACCAAACUGUAAUGGAGUUACUAAAACGGAUAGAGUAUCUUCUAGGAAUGGAGAUAAAUAUUCGAGAAGAGGAGCUAAUACAUCAAAGAGCAAUUCUGGAACAGAUUAUGAACCUUUAGAAGUUAACCAAUCACCACCUGGCCAGGAAGAGAACGAGGACUAUGAAAGUAGUAGACCUGAAUUUACAACAACUUCAUUAAGAGUUCCAAUAGCUAAAAGGCCAACAACUACCCAAGAAAAUCCGUCUAGCGACUUUGCUUCCCCUCCCAGUUAUCCAAACGGUGCAGAAGCACCUAGCAGUGAACCAGAAACAAUACAAGUAUUCAAUCCUGGAUAUAGCCCCAAUACAAAUUACGGGAUUGGCAGAGAUCCUCCAGUUGGAUUAUCCAAACCAAUUACAAUUAACAACAACAAUCCUUAUUUACCCCCACAACCAGCUUUGCGUUCAAGUAGCCAUAAACACCGUGAAGUAGUUAGCGCUGAAUUUGAAACAGAAGAAAAUAUUCCUAGGAGAAAACAGCCAACAAAAAUUGAAGAAGAAAAUAUUAUUAGUUCCUCUAAUUUACCAACACUUAUUGUUACUACAAGUACAACAACAACAGCAACCACUAAUUUACCUAGACCUAAUAAUGUUGUUAAUAUGGAAACUAAGAAAGGUUAGAUCUCUUUCUCAAAUGACAGUAAGAAUAAAAUGAUUGAGUUUUGAGACAUGGCAAGAAUAACGGAAGAAAGGGAUAAAUUUAGACGUAGCAUGGAGAUAUCCUUUGAUGGGAUAAAUAAAAUU